AUGGUUGGCGGUACUCGAACUGUCGCUCUUCCUGCUACCUACGUCAACGCACCUGAUAGCCCUAUUCGCAUUUCUAAUUCCCCGGAAUCGGCAUGUGGAGUGACACCUAUCCAGGUCGUAACCUUAAAUAGACCCGACAAACUAAAUGCAAUUACAAGGGGCAUGAUCGAUGCUCUUAUUACGUUCUUUUCGACCGUCGAUGUUGAUGAUCGGGUCAAAGUCGUCAUCCUAACAGGCGCAGGCAGAGUAUUUAGCGCCGGAAUUGACCUAAAUGGGGACUUCAGCCAGGCGAAAAACAAAUUGCGACCUAGUGAGAUGCGUGAUCCAGGAGGCACACUGGCGCUUUCCAUGUUCAAUUGUACCAAGCCCGUUAUAGUGGCGUACAAUGGCCUCUCCGUCGGCAUCGGAAUGACGUCCACUCUAGCGGCGGCGAUUCGGUAA